AUGGGAAAUCUCAAGUUCUACAUAACUCUUCACCAUCACCUCUUACCUGCACUAAUACUCUUUUUAUCAACCAUCCCAUUCUCCGCCUGUGAGAUCAAGAACAUAACCAUCCUCGACGACUCACGGCCGAUCAUCCUUUUCGAGCGUUUUGGGUUCGCCCCAAACGGCCACGUCUCCGUCUCCAUCAACCAUUACACAUGGAAAUCAAAGCAUCAAGGUGCACAACUCGAUCCUUCCUCAAUGGGCUUCUUUCUCGUCCGAGACGUGUCAUUUCCAAGAAUCCUGAACGAGUCAGAGUACACCGAGGGCUUCUGUGUCUUGUCGAGUCAUUUUGUGAAACUCAUUUUCAGAUUUGACAAAUUUGGUUCUAAUUCAUCCUACGACGGGUCAAUCAUUAUUGAUGAACCCGACGAAUAUAACUUGAUAUUCGGGAACUGUCAACCCGAAUUUCAAGUUUCCAUGAAUGUCCAUACAGAGAUGUACAACCUGCAUGCAGAUGGUUCGAAGGAUUUUCUUCCUGCAGGCCAAACCCCAUUGCCAAGACUCUAUUUUCUCUUCUUCCUCAUAUACACCGCCUUUUUGUUGUCAUGGGUUUAUACUUGCACCAAACAUAGACAAACUCUGGACAAGAUCCAUCUAAUAAUGGGUGCAUUACUUCUCUUCAAGGCUCUCAAAAUAAUAUGUGCUUCAGAGGACAAAAUGUAUGUGAGAAAAACAGGCACUCCACAUGGUUGGGAUGUGGCUUUCUACGUCUUCGGAUUCUUCAAAGGUGUCGUGCUCUUCACUGUGAUCAUCCUCAUCGGCACAGGGUGGUCUUUCUUGAAACCAUACCUCCAAGAGAGGGAAAAGAAGGUGUUGAUGAUAGUGAUUCCAUUGCAGGUUCUGGAGAACAUAGUGUCUGCGGUGAUAGGGGAAACAGGUCCGGCCACAAAGGACUGGUUCACCUGGACUCAGGUGUUCUUGAUCAUGGACAUUGUGUGUUGUUGCGCGGUGUUUUUCCCGAUCAUUUGGUCCAUGAGGAGCCUCAAGGAGGCUUCCAAGAUGGAUGGGAAGGCGGCUAGGAACCUUGAAAAGCUUUCCCUUUUCAAGCAAUUCUAUCUUGUUGUGGUUGGCUACUUGUACUUCACUAGAGUAGUUGUUGCUGCAAUAGGGUCUAUUGUGACAUAUAGAUAUGAAUGGGUUGGUCCAGCUGCUGCAGAAGCUGCAAGCUUGCCAAUAGAGAGGAAUCCUUACUUGGCUAUUGAUGAUGAGGAAGAAGCUCAUGCAGGUCAAAUAUUGGAAGCAGACGACACAUUUGAACUCUAA